AUGGCUGUUGUGGGAUCACUGGAACGCAUCCUGGAGGAUGCUCACCUGAGUGGAGAGUUGAAAUUGAGCGGAAGAAAACUGAAGGAUAUCCCAAAGGCGGCCGGAAAAUACAAUUUGAGUGAUACAGUUUUUGCAGAUUUAUCACGAAAUCGCUUCUGUGAACUGCCCGAAGAUGUAACAUCAUUCCCAUUUCUCGAAACCCUCCUGGUCUACCACAAUGCAAUACGUUCAAUUCCCGAAACUGUCAAAGGAUUGCGUUCACUAACAUAUCUAGAUUUACGAAGUAAUCAAUUGUGUGUGCUUCCACGAGAAAUAUGUCUGUUGCCACUGAAAGUGCUCUUGGUGGGGAACAAUCGCCUGAGUGCAUUGCCAGAGGAGUUGGGACGAAUGGAGAAAUUGACUGAGCUCGAUGCGGCCUGCAAUCAAAUAACCCACUUGCCGGCACGCAUGGGGGAUCUGAGGAGUUUGCGAUCACUGUCGUUGCGAAAUAAUUUGUUGGUUUAUUUGCCGCGGGAGGUGACAACACUCCAAUUGGUGUCACUUGAUGUCAGUUGCAAUCGAAUUGCUACAUUGCCGGUGGAACUGAGGCUGAUGGCGUCAUUGGUUGAUCUGGAACUGGAUAAUAAUCCACUGACGUCACCACCGGCAAGUUUGUGCGUUCGGGGUCUCGUGCAUGUCUUUAAGUAUUUGGAGACUGUGGCUGUACGCGAGGGUAGAAAUAUUGUGGAUGGAAAUGCGACAUUGAGACGAUCAGCUGUCUCACAGUCCAUGAGAACGUCCACGGAGCAAAAGAGACGUGGUCAUGUGGAUUCGGGGUAUAGCACAACGAGUGAUAGUGGAAUUGGUGGAGAUAAACGAUGGUCCAAUGAUGACAAUAGCCCAAAGAGAUCACCAGUGGCACUUCAUGUGCGAUCUGAAGGAAAUUCUCUGAAUUCAUCCACAAAUAUCUCACCCAGCAAUGGGGAUGAUCACAAGCAGGUUAUUCAUAUACAGGAGAAACAUGUGAAUUCUAUUGAAUUAUCCCCGGAGGAUGAUGCUGGUGUCCUUGAGAAUGGUGUGAGUGAGAAGAAGCAUCUGACCAAUGUGCAAACGUACCGUGAGUACAAAGAAGCCCUAAGGCAGCAACGCAAUCAGGAAUCAUCGUCAGUCUAUCGCUCGAAAGAUCAUACACCGACAACACCAUCUCCCAAUUACAACAGUAGCCAAAGUUCACCAAUAUCCCCACAGCACAGCUUCAGCAGCAAAUUGAGCAACAACACAAGCCAAAUGACAAACCAAAAUCCAGACAAUAAGAAGAUAACAGAAGAGACCCGAAGGCCCAUCCAGAAGGUACCACCAUCGAGGAAUAUUUGCCAAGAGAAUGGAACACAGCAGAUUAAUGGCAAGAAAUUUGCCGAGUGUAAUUCUUAUGUGAAGCCCAAUAGUCCGGUUCCGGUGAGCAGCAAGGAAACCAGUCCUGUUCCAGCCAAUGGAGGCAAAGUCAAUGGGAGUGUUCGGAGUGCAGUGAGUGCAGGAAAGGUGACAGCAAAGCCAAAUCGCACGGUUUCGUGGAAUCGAGAGAUUCCACCGGAAAAGCUGAGUUUCACCAUGAGACGAGAAUUUGAUCGGCAAAAGGAGGAAUCUGAGCUGAUUCAGCAAUUGAGACAUAUUAUUGAAACUCGACUCAAGAUGACCCUUCCGGAUGAUAUAGCUCCAGCUCUCACGGAUGGUGUUGUUCUGUGCCAUUUAGCAAAUCACGUCCGGCCUCGAUCUGUGGCCAGUAUUCAUGUGCCAUCACCGGCAGUGCCGAAAUUGACAAUGGCUCGAUGUCGUCGCAAUGUGGAUAACUUUCUGGAGGCAUGCAGGAAGAUUGGAGUUGAUGAUAAUCUCCUCUGCUGUGCCACUGAUGUCCUGGAGGGGAGUCGUGUUGUCCAGAUUGCAAUUACAGUGUCAGAAUUACUGCGAUUUGCAACCAAUGGUCGUGAUUCUCUGAAUUCUGUGAAAUCACCAACAAGAGUUAUUCUACCGAAGACAUCCUCAUCACCAGUUCCGCCAUCCACAACAUAAUUUUAACAAAAGAAAAAUUGCUUAAAACCUUUGAAAAUGAUUCUAGUAUUAGGGACAACUUCUGAAGGUGUUAAGCCAGAAAACAAUGUAUUUGUAGUCUCGUAUCAAAAAUUAUAAUUAAAAAAAAAUAUAUUGUAUUAGUUUUAAAUACGUGAAAGUAUAAUUCGAUCAUGUCUAAAAAAAAAUAUUCUAUUGGAAUUUUCUUUUGUAAUUCCUUUUGCAUUUUGUGUUCUUUUAUUUAAUUUUUUUCAUUUUAAAUUUAAACUAACACUAGAUGAAAAUAUUUAAUUUAGGAAUGUCUGCAAAUGCAAAUAGACAAAAGGAAAAAUGUGUAGUGGAAAGGCCUAAAUUAUCACAACUAUUUUUCUAUGAAAAUUCCCCCCUUUAAUGAUAAAAUCUCUCAUAUUUAGAAAGGAAUAGGCAUCGAUUGGAUCAAUAUUUAAUUCAUUUUCUUUUAGAAAACAUUUAUUUUUAAGUAAUAUUUAAUUUAAGUAAUUGUGAAUUUUUAUUGCUUUUUUAUACCAUCACAUGACAUGAGCAAAAAGAAACAAGGAUGAGACCCAGAAGAUGCAGAACAAGCAUUAAGUAAUAAAUAAAAUGGUGCCAAAGGACUUUUAGAAUGUAUAACACGUAAGGAAAUUACGGUAAAAAAAACAUAUUGUAAUAAAAUGAAUUGAGAAAAGUUGAAUUUUCACCGGGAAACAGCGAGAAAUUUUUUUCGUCUCAACAUCACAAGAAAACAUUUUUCUAGUCAGAUGAACGUAGCGGUUUUCUUUACUAGAAUUUAAAAAUAUAUAUAUAUAUAUAUUUGCUCACUUUUCACGUAAUAAUAAAUUUUUGUCAAAGCAAAUAAAAAAAAGAAAUUGAUAAGAAUGAUUAAAGAAAAAAAAUGAAACGAAAAUCUAAAAUGAUAUGGACUUAAAGAAACUGAACAAAUAAAUAUACAUAUUUCAUGUGAUUCAAUGCACAAGUAAAUUAAAAAAAAAAACGGAUAAGAUACGCAUUAGACUUUUAGGUAAUUCGAAGUACUUUGUAAUGUGAUUGAAAAAUAAUUUAUAGAAAAAGUGACGACACUUGUGUAUUUCGUGUUUUUCUAAUUAUAACAAUUAUGUUCUCAAAAAAAAAAUCAAGAAUGAAAAUAAAAUGGAUAGCGUCUAAUGUGUAACAGGAAUAAUUAUGAAAAUAUUAAACUUACCUCUUUUCAAAUCAA